CACCAUAAGAAGGAAAUCCAAGGUUUAAGAGCCAUGUGGUGAGGUGCUCCACUUCUGGGAGCAGGCUGUGUCACAGCUUUGGCCGUGACGCUGCGCUGGCUCCCAGCCUGGAGCCUGGGGCACGGCAGAGGAACAGCCUGACACCGCUCUGACACACAAUUGAAAAGAAAACCACGUCACUGAUUGAGAUCCUGUUUAUUUACCAGAGUCAGAUGUUGCACAAAGUUAAUCAUCAGCAAAAUACAAAUCAAUAAAGAAUGUAUUUGCUUUAGAGAACUCUGUCUUUCAGCUCCUAUCCUAUAAAGACUGGGAUGUCUCAGUAUUAGCUGCUUUCCCCUGAUCAUCUUAAUCUAUACCAGCCAACAUAGCUAAGGAAGACCUAUAUUCAGACCUGGAGAAGGAAAACCAUGGACAGACCAAUCACUGCUGGCCAGCUUAAAGAAAAAUCACUCUUCCAGGACAGUGAUGGCAGUGCAGCUCCUGCCAAGACUGUGUGCCAUAAUUGUUCAAAGCUAAAGAUAUUUCUUGGAGCUCUAGCUUUUUCCUUUUUUGCCAAAGGAUUUUCUGGAAGCUACAUGAAGAGCAUGUCCAGUCAGAUUGAAAGGAGAUUUGAAAUCUCAUCAUCGAUUGUUGGCAUUAUUGAUGGCAGCUUUGAGAUAGGUAACUUAAUGGUGAUGGUGUUGGUGAGCUACCUUGGACCAAGAGUUCACAGGCCAAAAAUAAUUGCUGUUGGGUGUCUCAUCAUGUCUGUAGGAGCUUUUUUGUCAGUGAUGCCUCAGUUCCUAAUGGGACGUUACAAUUAUGAAAGGAUAACUGUUAGCGUGGACAACUCCUCCACGAGUGUGUCAGCUUGCUCCCCAGGGUCUGAGGGCCCUCCAGCCACAGAUGCUACAGAAACACUCAGCACAGUGAUAAAUGCUGGAUGUGAGAAAACAACAAAUUCCUAUCUGUGGCUUUUUGUGCUGGUGGGAAACCUUCUGCGUGGAAUUGGGGAAGCACCAAUUAUGCCUCUGGGAGUUUCAUAUAUUGAUGAUUUCUCUAAAGAAGAAAACUCAGCAUUUUACAUAGGCCUGGUGAGAUCCUCGGGCAUGUUUGGGCCGACGCUGGGCUUCCUGCUGGGCUCCUUCUGUGCCAGCCUCUGGGUUGACGUCGGCGUCGUGGACAUCGAUGCCAUCAGCAUAAAUCCUAAGGACACCCGUUGGGUUGGUGCCUGGUGGCUUGGAUUGCUUAUCUGUGGAGCUGUCAACUUCAUUGCUUCAUUGCCUUUCUGGUUUCUGCCCUAUUCCUUACCAAAAGAAGGACAGAAUGAAAACUUGAAGAUUAGUCACUUGUCUGUUCAAGGAGAUCCCUGUAAAAUAGACCCCCCAGCUCAGCCACAGUUAAAGUUCUCAGAGGCAGUAAAAGAUUUCUUGCCAGCACUCAGGAAGCUGUUUGGAAACCCAAUUUUUGUGGUGUUCAUCUUCCUCACUAUUCUGCAGUACAAUUCCCUUGUUGGGAUAAUAACCUAUGAGACAAAGUUUAUGGAGCAGCAAUUCAAUGUGUCAGUGGCAAAAGCCAUCUUUCUAAUUGGUGUGAUACUUCUACCCGUCACAAUCCUGGGCAUGUUUCUGGGAGGCUUCCUGAUCAAGAAAUUCAAGCUCCACAUAACUGAAAUGGCCAAGUUUGCCUGCAUCACCUUCGUGGUGGCGUAUCUGCUGAACCUGCUGUACUUCACGUGCAGCUGUGAGGUGCUGCAGGUGGCCGGGCUGACCGCGCCCUACGCUGGAAUGAAGCACCUUUCCUCCAGCAAGCACACCUACACAGCCAGCUGCAAUGCUGAGUGCAGCUGCAAGGUGGACCAGUGGGACCCUGUCUGUGGGGACAACGGGAUCACAUACAUGACAGCCUGCUUUGCAGGGUGCAAAUCAUCAUCUGGGGCAGGGAGGAAUAUGGUGUUCCACAAUUGCAGCUGUGUGGAAGGACAAGGGCUCGGGCUUGGAAACUCCUCUGCUGUUUUGGGACAAUGCCAAAGAGAAAGCUGUACCAAAGCCUUUCCCUAUUUUUUAGCAUUACAGACUGCAUGUGCAUUUAUUUUAGCCUUAGGAGGCACUCCUACAUACAUGAUUAUGUUUAGAUCUGUUUCGCCAGACCUGAAAUCCUUUGCUGUUGGGAUAGAAACGUUGGGUGGUAGAGUACUAGGAGGACUGCCAGCCCCUAUUUAUUUUGGUGCCUUGAUAGACGAGACCUGCUUGAAAUGGGGGACAAAAAGCUGUGGGGGAUCAGGAUCCUGCCGAGUGUACGACACAAAAGAGUUCAGGAAUGUGUAUCUUGGCCUCAUUGCAGGACUACGGGCAGGAUGCUGUCUUUUGUACAUAGUACUCUCUAUUUUAAUUAUGAAACGCUUCAAACCAGAUGGCAAAGAGAAGACAGAUAUUAAAAAUGCAGAAAGACCAACCAGCAAAGAACCAGAAACUGCCUACAAAAGAGAAAUUCUUCCUGGUUCAAGAACCUCAGAGGAAAGCGAGGAAACUUAUAUGUAAAAAAAAACCAAACAAGGUCUUUUGUAACUUUGCCUGUGCCUCAGUUUUUCUGAGCACAGAAAGGUCUAGAUACAGACUUCAACAACUAGUUUACAGUUUGGGAGUUCAGAAAGUAUCUUUCAACAUUGGCUUUUUAUUUGCUUUACCCUAUCUUUUUCCUUUCCUCAUCUGAAACAACAAUAAGGGGAAAAGGUGUUCAAAAUUUUGGGGAACUCUCCCAUCCUCUUGCUCUCAGUCCCUUUCUAGACCAACAGUAGGACAAGCCAAAAUUUUGCAAGUGCCAUAAAUUUGAUUAUGAUUGAAAAAUUAAGAAGAAAUCCACAAGAAGCUGCUUUGACAUUUUUCACUGACUUUAUUUCAAAUCCUCUUGCUCUGUAUUUAGGCCUCCAGCUCUACACAGGCAACCAGGUUUCACUUGGGCUUCUCUGAUGGCCUCUCAUGAGCAGAGCUCCUUGUUCCAGCCAUGGCCAGGUGAGACCCCAGGGAUGUCAGUGAGCACCCUCUGAACUCAAACUGCACCACAGCUCUGGGGUUUGGCUUGAAAAGCAGUCACAGUGGAAAGCAAAUGAAGUUUGCUAGUGAAGUUUUGAAGCAAAGGUGUUCAACAGUCAAAGCGGAAAGCAAAUGAAGAAAGUAGUGUAUUAAUUUUUUUGCAGCAUAUCUCAGUUAUGGGUUUGAGAAAGAUUACUCUGAACUGAUGCAAUAAAGUGAUAGGUAUUUCUUUGA